AUGAACGAGGAGCCGUUGGACCCCUCAGGGGGGGCCUCCAGGAGCCCUGCUCCACCGGUCCUCCUCCGGCCCCGCCGCGAAGUGUUCGAGUACGGGCUGCUUCCCAUUCCCAAGCUCAUCUUCACCGAUGGCACCUCCACGCUGGAAACCCUCAAGAAGAAACUUCUCGAGAGGGCAGUGUCGCGCCAGCAGACACGAAUUGACGCCCGAGGUGUUGCGGAGGUGCUGGACAUAUCGAUCGACCAUGCCCUCCUCAUCCUCGACACGCUCGCAUCCGUCCUUCCUUCCGAUCCCGACCCCCACGCUCCGGAAGGGACGGCGGACGUGUAUGAUCUUGUUAUAUUCCUCUACAUCCAGUCGUAUAAGAGGCUGCUCCCCAAAGGACAUAAGGAUUCCACCUCGGUAGGCGACGUGUGGCCCCAUUCGUCGCCGUUUGAUAGAUACCUCUCUGUACUCUCCCCACUACAGGUAUUAUUUUAUCUUGCAUAUUCUUCAUCAUUUUCCUGUUAUCUGUUCACCAUAAUUUAUACUCUGUGCCGUAGUUUUUUUCAACUAGAAGUAGCUCUUUAAUCUAGAGAAAAUCAGAAGAUCUUAAUUUACUGUUGCGGAAAAGGGAUGCGAAGCCAUCUCUCUUCUGAGCUUUUCUUGCGAAAAAAAAGUUUCAAUGACGGUUUAUUUUUCAUAUUUUUUUAACUAGUAUAUUUGAUUCGCAUGACUCAAUAGUGUGAUAUAUGCGAAACCUCUGACAAAAUAGCGAAGAAUUCCGAACUAUUAAAGCGUGCGUAAUCUGAUCAUUCUCAUCACUACUAUGGUUGUGGUCUAAUUUUAUAGAUGUGAUCUUCUCCAAAUUAUGGGUUGUUUAUUUUCACAUCCUUCUUCCAUUUGUUCUGUUUGAGGUUCAAUAUCUCCUGCGCCCUGAAGUUCAGUUUCUCUAAAGGUACCUUGUUUGUAGCCUUAUGCGUUUUAUGUGCUGUGCUCUCAUGACUAUGACAUCUUACGAAGGUCCUGCUAUGAACGACGUCACGCUUUAGCUUGUGAGAUGUCACCGAUUUGAUAGCACAGUACACCAUAUGUAUGUCGGAGCGUAUUUGAUGAACUCUAAUCGGUCAUCUUAAAAGAGUCCUAGCACCUUGUCAUUUCUUUUAUGGGGUUGACUCGUAAUUCACAUACAUGUGGUUUUUCAUUCCAGGAAAUUAGUCAUUUGAUUGUAAAGGCACUCCUCAGUUAUAAAAAGAAACCCUUCACACUCACAAAUGUCAUAAUGCGGGAUAGAAAACCGAGGAGAAAUGCUGGAUUAACGUGAAUUCAAUCUCAAAUUUUACCGUCAUGAAUAAGUCUCAAGUUGAGCACUCAAAAACUCGAAUAAGGACAAUUGCAUGGUGCAAUGGAGAAAAAUGGACCAAGUUGAUAUAGCAUGGUUUUGUUCUUUUAAUCAAAUGCAAACCGAAUCAAUGCCUCAUCCUGAAACAAACCAAGUUAGGAAAUGGCAAUUGAAAGAAUGAAACUACAUUUAAAAAUAAUUUUGCAGCGUGACUAAUUUAUAGUUGAUAUCAUUUUGGCCUCCUUUGAGUUUUAGACUUAUAGGGAUCACUCAUCAUGUUUUAUUUGACUCUAAUUUUACCUUGGUGAGAGCUGUGUCUAAUGUUAAGAUUUAUUAUCUAUUGCUGCAAGAUCUUGUAUUAUGCAGUUGCAUGUUACUUCAUUUGUCUUUGAUGAAUGCCAACGAUAAAUCCGGUGAGUAAUUCGUACCUGUGACCCAUUCGUAUCAUUUCAGCAUGGGGCCAGUUUGAGCGCAGAAGCUCCACUACCGACCAUCAUGUUCCCAAUUUUUAGAAUGGGCCCCAAACUUUAUUGGUCCUUUUUUGUUAGAUUCUUCGUACGAAUAAUAGAGGAUCAGGUUCAUUAAUAUAUUUCUUUCCAGUUCUUGUACUGUAUAAUUUUAAUUACCUGGUAGUAUAAUGGAUUUUUUUGAAAAAUAUGAUUAGUUGGUUCUUCAUUGACUGAUUGAAUUUUAACAUCCUUAUAAACCUCUUCAUAUUUGGCUGAUAGCAUUUAAGGUGUAAUAUUUUUAUCAUCACAAUGAAUGUACAUGUGACAUGAAUGUUUUCUUUUUGGUAUCAAAGCUUGUUCGCAGCAACAGUCGUCGCUCUGUGCCAUCUCAAACUGAUGAAGAGGCCCACCAGCUUUCUUACUUACAAAAACAUCUUCCCAACAUACUUGAUCUAUUGGCAGAACCUGUUGCAGGGGAUGAUGAUGAAUCUCUGGUUAGUAAAAACGAGACAUUUCUAUUUUUAUAGACAAUCUAGGAAACCAUUAGUCACUGAUAUUCAGGAACGUAUGUUACUUAACUUGUACAUAUGAUUGGCUGGUAAUAUUUCUCUUGUUUUGUAAAAUGUUGGAUUUAAUAAUCGACAUGUCCCAUGGCUUAUUUGUAGGUUUUGACCCACGAAAGAUUUGAGCACCUUGGGUUUCUGAUUCAGUUUGGUGAAAAAAAAUUCGGAGUUCCUUUGACUCAGGCGGCACAUUUUUUUGCAAACUCGGAUCCAGACAUGCCUAAUGCUCCUGCACCAGCUGCACAGAUCCUUGAGUGGAUUUUGCAAAACGUUGCUGCUUCAUUGGAGGAUACCGCUGAGAGAAUGACCACAAAAGAAGAUAUCCCAUUAAGUGGCUCAGAUAUGGAUGCUUUCAUACCCGAUGCUUCCAUAACUCAGGUGAGGGUUGAAAGCAAUAUCUCUCGGAAUGUCACCUACUCAAGAAGUCAGACUUUUGUGGAGGGCAUUUCUAAAGCUUCUGUGAUAAAGCGUCCUAGUGAUAUAAAAGGAAACUCUGUGAAGGUGAGAGAUGAAGCCUAGACAUCUUCAUUAGCACAGUGUCAUCAACGGAACACAAUGGAAAUUUUAAUUUUAAUGGCAAAUGAACUUGGUUCUGAUUUUUACUUCUUUACUCUGGUUGAGCUUUUAACAUAUAAAAGCGUGACACUUUCACGUUUACAGGGACCCUGACCAUAUUGUUGAGCCAGCUAGUUUGCUUUAUUUAGGUUUUCUCUGCAUUUCUUUCCUGUGUAAGUCCACACUACUGGUAAUGUUUAGCAGGAAAAAUAUGUAUGGACGGGAUGUUUGUGGAAGGGUUUAGGGAAAACGCUCUCUUCUUAGGAAAUGCAUAAGACCUGCAAAAUGCUAACAGAAAAUCCAUUUCUCAUUAUGAACUCUUGCAUUAAAUGGUUCGCUACAUUUAUUUAAACUUUGGAUCUCCCAUUAGAGACAAAAGAAUAUCUUUGGGGUUCUCCAUUAGGAUCAGAAAAAAACACCCUUGAACUCUUCAAUUCUCUCUUUGGAUUGUAACAGGCAUUUUAAGUUAGAAAUCAAUCAUUGCAACUCUUGAACGCGUUUUUUGGGCUUAACUACAUAUUUUGAUUAGGACACUCAGAAAAGGCAGAGGAAUAAUGAUCUAAUAGAACACUCGGUAAUUUUCCUUCUCUAGGUUCUGUUUAGUUAGAGAGUGUCAAUAGCAUCAAAUCUUUUAAGGUUCUCGAAUGUUUGGGGAUAGAGUCUGAAAUACUGGUAAGCUUAACUCUUAGUCCAGUGCGAUGGAGGCCUGAAUAAACUAUAGAUGUAACAAACUGCUGAAGGUUCGUGGAGACAUGUAUCAUCCCUCCUAAGUAGUCUCCUAGUUAAUCCUGUGCUCCUAGAAAUAUGACUUUUUGACAAGUCAUUCCUCGUGGGAUUUUUCUCUUAACGAAGAGGAAGUUGUUUAUUUUAGUUCAGUAUGUGUCCAGGAUGUGCUGAACAGGUUUUCUGGAUCUGUUUCAACGUCCGACCAGGUCCUGUUGCAGAAAAGGCCUCCCUGCAUAGUCUGCAGCCAUCAAUAGCUUCAAUUACUGCAUUGCUCCCAAUGACUGGCAUAUUCUCCUAUCCUUAUCUCUUCAUUUUUCUAUAGCUACAUGUUUCAUUCCUUGAUCCGUAUUCGUUCCCGAAUUCCAAUGUGACCCAAUUAAGUUAGUUUUUUAAGGGUAUAUUUUUGGUCCAUGAACACCUAGUUCUUCACACCUGAUUAAGUUUACGUCAAAACAGCUUCACUAUUGGAUCCCUUUGUGGAAAAACUUCGGAUUUAGUAUUUGGUAUGCUGGUGCCUUUGUAAUGACUAUUUUUAGUACCUUCCAAGGAAUCUCAAUUUUUCUUAAUACAUACCUUUCAGAGACUCAUUGAACUUUUUCAGAUUUAUGUGUCCUUUUUCCUUUAACCAGAGGUUUUCCCCACGUGGGUUGCAUGCAAGUAUCCACUGUUUCAGAGUGUUUUUUCUGUAGCUCCAUGUUAAUUUGAUCAUCCUUGGGGAGAUUCCACCCAGUGAUUGAAUGGGAACUGAUUAUGCUGAUCUUUUUGCUGCCAAUAUCCAGUUUUUUCUGAUUUUAUUGUUUUUUUGUUAAAAUUAACAUGUUAUCUCAUACUUUGGCAUGCACAACAGCUUAGAUGUGAUCAUAAAUUAAAAGUGUUCAUCUUUUAUCUCAAAAUAUACUAGUUGACUUUCUUUCUUUGUACUGAUUGAUAAACGUCACUGCAGGUUAUAAAUUGCCACGAUUCAGUUAUUUAUCUGCUAGCACCUGUGGGAUAUGCCACAAUUUAUGGAUGCUCUGACACAACUAUUGUUCUUGGUGCCAUUGGGAAGGUAUGCAUGAGUUAUUCAUUCUGGAGGUCUGAAUACCUCAUAGGCUUUUGUUUUUGGCAGAGCAAAUGAUAAGUUAACGUUAUGUUGUAGUCAGUAUCAAAUACAUCCGAGUAAACGGUCAAGGAUAUUCAAUAAGUUAUUCUGUAUCAAUUUCGAAUCAGGAACAAGUAGUGUCUGGUUUGAAACUUCUGAUUGUUCUUCGGUGCCACAUCAACAUAUCCCACCCUCCCUUAUGAGAAGACAGGAAAAACUGAGCUUGUAAAGUGAAAAGAAGUACGUGUGACCUAGAAAUGUAAAAUCUAUGCUGUGAAACUCUUACUUAGUAUCUCCCAUACAGUAAAAAGCCGUGGGCAAUGAAUUUUCUGGUUUACCUGCCUCAAUUGGGCCUAGACUUCUUACUUCCAACGAAUACUGCCGUUGGGGGAAAAAAUAGGUAAGGCAUGCUCUUGUCACUCACUGGAAGAGGUGGUAGAACGAGGAAAGGGAAAAAACUCGCCUGUGAGCCAUCACCUAUGAAGAGGCACGAGAGUCAGGUUCAUUUAUUAGAAAGGCCUUUAUUCAAACUUUCGUUUUGCCCCAAUCCGGAUUGUAUUGGCCCCAGCUGAUUUAGGAAUACAAUUCGAAAGCAUUUUUACUCAUCUCUUGCAGCUACUGAAAAAAAACUUUAAAUUUGACUAGUCAGCAUAUUACACAAGGUUGUGUGCAUUUGCGUGCUAAAUUUUUUAUGGCUGAGUUUUUUUCAUUGCAUGUAAUCUGAUUGCUUCACCUCCUUUUUACGAUUUUGAACAAAAGUUACAGUUUUGUGUCAUCUUUUCAGGUUGUAAAGGUAGAACACUGUGAAAGGGUACAGGUUAUUACAGCCGCAAAGCGUAUCUGUAUUGCUACUUGUCGGGAGUGUUUGUUUUUCUUAGGGGUAACUCAGCGUCCUCUGAUUCUUGGGGACAACCACAAUUUGAAGGUAGACCCUGUUUGUGUUUCUAGUACCUGUUCACUUUGAUCACCAAGAUUCCUGCUUUCACCUUUCUUGGUUGGUAGACCUUCCUAUCAGAAAUCUCUUGGGUCGUGGAAAACUAUGCUACUUUGUCAGUCCUAGUGAUAUAAAGUUUAGAGAAACAAAAAUUGAUGAACGAGUCCACCGUGUUCUGACUGUUGUUCUGACGAUAAGAUGUAUAAGUAUCAAAUGAUUGGACUGUGGGAUGAUAGUCAUUCUUGAAAACCUUAUAUUUUCACCAGUCUACUGGAUAUCAUCUCGUCAGUUUCCUUAUUGUGAUGGCGGCGUGAAUAUAGAUUUUGAGUUAGUCUGCUUUUGUCUCCAAGUCUGGCCUGGUCAUGUGGCCGACAUUGUUCAAAUUUUCUCGUUGGUUCUAUUUAUUCAAUUGUAUUUUGAUUUGCUAACGAUACUAGAUUUAGUUUCAUACAUACCUUUUUCUUAUCCGUCUAUUAGUAGCAUAUUUCUCUCUUAUUGAUAUACUACAUACAAUCCCAUCUAAAAACAUAUGUAUAGUUAUUAAUCGAGUUACUGGAUGCUGAACAUGACUGACCAUCUGUCCUCUAUCGUGACUUUAUGGUCUAUCUAGAUGUUUUCAACCUUAUAAGUGGAGAAAGAGAAACUGAAACUGAACUGCGCCUCACCUUAAACCAGAAUGAUCUGAUUUUCCAUGCAAGGCUGCUGUCAGGAAUGCCAGUCCACUGGGUACACCUGGAGGUGGUAAUCAACCUUCAGAAUUGCCAUGGGAGUGGAACUAAGAACUAGAUGAGCUGUGCAAUUUGAACGCAGCUUACAAUGGAGUUCACAGCGCCAAGUUUGUAUUGCCUUGAUGGAACACUGAUGACAAAAACAUUAAGAGUCUGCAGCGCUCAGGAGAGAAGCCAACGUGUAUGCUUUGGAUUUUUCCUCAAGAAGGAAACCUACUAGUCUGUGUCUGUGAUUUCCUUUGCUCCAGGGACAGCAAACUAUAUCGUUUUUUUUUUAUCUUAAAUGCAUCUAUAAUAGUAAUAAAUUCGUCCAUGUUGUUUGAGUCCCAGUGUUAAGUUUGGAACUGAGAAUUUUGCUCCACUUUUCCACAGGUGGCUCCUUACAAUACAUUUUAUCCACAGUUAAAUGAGCAUAUGGCUCAAGUGGGCUUAAAUGCAGCUAUCAACAGAUGGAACGAACCUUUAGCCCUGGGAAUGGUGGAUCCACAUGACUCUCUAUCUCAUCCGGCCGGGGUGUCUGAUGUCCCAGCAGAGUCUGCGACAUGCCUUGAUCCUGACCAAUUCACUAACUUCUUGGUAUGCAAUCUCUCUUCUCCCCAUCCUUCUGUUCGAACUCGAAGGAUCUAAUCAACUGGAGCACCUGUCAGCAUCUUCCUUGAAACCAUCGGCCAUUUUUUUUAUAGAUAACUUAGCAUGCCUGGGAUAUCGAGAUUCAACAGAUUUUUCAAAAAACUGAAGUUGGCAGAUUUUUUAGUAUAACAUCUUUACGUUGCUGUGCAGAUUCCCGACGGUUCUGGGGGGGAUUCUGCCCAGCUCACGAAUGAUAAUCCAUUUCGGCUUCCAGAGGCUUACAUGGCCUCACAGAAAAAACGGGUAUGAACAUGCACUGCGAAUAUUUUCAAAGAGGAUCAUAAGAUUGCUCAUACUUAGCCAAUUACUUAGUAAGCUUGUAAUCCUUCCUCCAAAGGGCACAUCUUUUUAUUAUUAUUGUUUCAAUGUAUUAAACAUUAUCGUAUAAAUUUAUCAUCUCUUCGAUUUUUUUAUUCUUAAAAACUUUACAUGAAAUGCCAAUCAUAUAUAGGUAUUCGUAUCACUUUCUCUGUUUUUUCUUUCCACAGUGGCUGAAAUUAGUAAUUUUCUGUCCUUGUUCAGCAUCUAGUUUCCCAUGAUAUCCAACAAGCCAUGAUAAAUGCACAUCCGGCUUAAAUUGUUCUAAUGUAUGAAAUUUUAUUUAAUUUAUUUUAAUGUAUAUCAAAAUGUUAUCAUAUUGUUCACAUCCGGCUUAAAUUCAUCAUCUCUUCGAUUUAUUUACUGGUUAAAAAGUUACAUGGGAUGCCAAUCAUAUAUAUAAUUAUUCGUAUCACUUUCUCUGUUUUUCUUUCUACGGUGGCUGAAAUUAGUAAUCUUUCUGUCCUUGUUCAGCAUUUAGCGUCCCAUGAUAUCCUACAAGCCAUGAGAAACGCACAGCUAGAGGAAAAGCGGAAACGGGAAUUGGCUUCAGCUCUUCAUAUACACUUCAAAGACUGGCUAUAUGGUAAAUAUUCAAGUGGCAUUCUUGGCUUAGCUAUCAAGUUAAUCCUGGGACAAAUUCCCCUGAUUUAUAACUGAUAAAAAGCCAUUACUCAUGGGGCAUUCUUCCUAACUGAUUUAUAAUUGAUGUAUGUUAUUAGCAACGGAUGCUUCAUAGCUUUCUAUUUUUAUCUCCAUCCGUAUCUUUUUUUUUACUAUUUUAGCCAUGUUAAGAGCUCCAUGGCUCGCUAUUUCUGCGGGUUCUAGUAUCUAUUUUGUGCAUGAAAAGAAAAGGAGCUGCUUGAGCUGGUGGGUUUCUUUUUUUGGGGGGAGGAGGGGAGGAAGAUACUUCUAACUGCUGUGUUGUUGUUGUUUUUUUUUUUUUUUUUUGCCAUAUUUGGCAGCAUCAGGGAACAUCCGCCAGCUCUACUGUCUCCAGGGUGACUGA